AAAUGAUUUUCAUGUUUUUUUGUGUGUGUGUGUGUGUGUGUGUAAAGAUUUUCAUUCGACCUUGGAGCUGAAUAAAAAGUCUCUCUUCAUAAGAAGAAAUCACAAAAGUUUUUCCUCUCAUUCAUUUUGCUCGAUUCACGUCAUGCCUGUGCAGUGACGUCACGGCCGCACAGGGGACUCGCGGACCGAAGAGAGGUGGAAAAAAAAGAAACAAGUAGUCGAAGGCGUUCGUGGAAACAGGAAGCAAAGAAGGGGAAAGCAGAGCAGAGGUUGUUGUUGUUGUUAAAAAAAAACUUCGGAAGGGAGCGCUCUGUCUUUUACUACCCCGCUAUUCUGAGCUCUUUAAACCAACAGUGCAGCCGCGCUCGCGGUUGGCUAGAGCUCGAGGACUUUCCGUCCGUUGCUUGGACACCGCUGAGGGAAGAUCGCGCGCUUCGCGCCGAAGUGGACGGACCAACGGCUACCUGAUCAGGGGUCUCGUUUUAUUUUCUCUCCCUGACAGUCCACCACACUGGAAUGAACCCCAAAUUACUGUUAAUUUAUUACUUUAAACGCAGGGCGUGACAUUCCACCCUUUAAACCGCGGCCCUGGUCGAUUUUACCGGAGUAUUUUGACGUUUGAAGAAGUCUACAGACCGUCUGACAGGAACGGUGCACGCGCAGGCAGCCUGAGCUAACGUGAGCUAGCGACUUAGCUGCUAAUGUCAACUAACAUGGAGGGAGAGGUGCAUGUGUUACAUAACAGCCAAACGCAAUUAAAUCGCCGACUUUUGACACCCAGCAAGCACAGUUAUGGACGUGAAUUAAUCUCCAAAGAAUAAAACGGCCCAUAAACACAUUUAUUUGGGAGAGAUGGAGUCCAACCCGCUGAUCAGCGCGAUGGAUCCGUCCAUUACAUUGUGGCAGUUCCUGCUACACCUGCUGGAGGAUCAGAGUCAGAAGCACCUGAUCUCCUGGACGUCUGGGGACGGGGAAUUCAAACUGCUGGAUGCUGAGGAGGUGGCCAGACUCUGGGGGCUUCGCAAGAACAAAACCAACAUGAACUAUGAUAAACUGAGCAGGGCACUUCGUUACUACUAUGACAAGAAUAUUAUUAAGAAAGUUAGCGGACAGAAAUUCGUCUACAAGUUUGUGACCUUUCCGGAUCCCAACUCUGCUGAUGGUCUGAGAAGUCCUGAGGAUUCACAGAGGGCCACUGCGGGGGAGAAAUUGGAGUCGUCCAUUCAGACCAAACCUAUAGGUGCUGCUAACACCACCAACACAUGUCUCUCCAAGAGCCUGCAGGUUCAGCGCUCCUCUCCCAGCUCGGUUCAACGCAGCUCACGCAACGAUUACAUGAAGUCUGGUCUUUACUCCACUUUCACCAUCCAGUCCUUGCAGACGCCCUGCAAAACCUCUUCCAAAUUCAUCAAAACCGAGCACGUCUUGAGUGACGGCAGCCCCAAACCUGCCCCUCUGGACCGCACAGUGCAUGAGAUGCGAAUAUGUCAGACAGAAGGACAGCAGGGAUCUCUUCAGGCCCAGUCGACUGUGGAGAGCAGCAGCUUGCAGGUGAUAGUGACCCACCCAUCCCCAUGUGCUACGCCCGCCCUCAGCCCCCAGACGCCCUCUGGCUCAGCCACUGCAACCACAAAUGCUCAAACACAGAAGAGCCAGAGUUUGGGUGACCCACCACAGAUCUACCUGUCCGAUCCCAGCUCUCUGACCUCGCUCAUUCCUCUGGCUCCUGGCGAAUGUGUUGUCAACCCCUCUCAGCAUAUGUUUGUGGUCAUAAAGCCUCCUCCUGUCGGGCUGGCCAAAGAGUCCAAUCUCCCACAUGAGGAAGACUUGCUGGAGAUUGUCGAUCUAGAUGAAAAACCGGAUGUUGAGUCGGUGUCCACAGUGCCUGUCCCUGGAGUUACAGAUGCCCCAAUUCCUGUGGAUGCCCCAUCACCUUGCGUGGAGCCAGUGGCCCAGCCGGUUGGAGAAGGAGAAGUGAAAGAGAAGCCUGAGCUACCUGAGGACACCAAUACAGCAUCAGCCUCCCUCCCGGAGAGCACGCAGGAAGUCCAGCCUCCUAAAUCAAAGAAGCCACGUGUGCUGGAGCUGCCAUCCUCGUCUACACUGCUGCCUCCUGGACUCUCACUGGAUAAGGUCAAUGCAGCGGUCAACAGCCUGCUGGCCCCUGGCAGUGCCACAAACACCUUAACACCCACAGUCAUCACCUCCCAUGCCCUGACUCCAGUGCUGUUGACACCGAGUCCGCUGCCAUCAACCAUUCACUUCUGGAGCACGCUCAGUCCUAUCGCUCCACGCAGCCCUGCCAAGCUCUCCUUCCAGUUCCCCUCCAACGGAAGCAAUCAGAUCCAGAUCCCAGCACUGAGCGUGGACGGCCUAUCCACACCUGUCGUUCUCUCCCCUGGACCGCAGAAACCUUGACUUGCGAUUUAAUUCAUUUGUCUCUCGUCGUGGUGAUUGGCUCACUCCCCAGCCAAUGGGACGCUGAGGACGACCAAUGAAAGAUGAGACACUCCAUAACAAAUUCUGCUUUGAGUUGGGCGGAGCCUCUGCUCCAGUGACGACUCGACAGGAGGAGUGCGCUCUCAGCUGUCCUUUACGAUUGGUUGACGGAGCAGCCCGGUUCUGGGCUUGAUGGUGGUAUUUCAUAGACUACUUGCUCUUUUGUUUUUCCCUUUGCCUUUUAUAUGAUCAUCAACGGUUAUUUAUUUAUUUUUGAUGUUUCUUGGUGCGUCGUGAGAUGCACAUUCCAGAAUGCUCAGAUUGUGAAUUUGGAACUCUGAGAUCUCACUUUAUUUUUGAUUUCUCACCGUAACAUUAUGAGUUAUGGACCAGACGAGGUAACCUCUGAUUGAAUCAAGGCAUGAAAUGCCAUUUACAGACGGAGCAUUGCUUUCUUAAAAAACUUCUUUAUUUUGUGAAAAUGGAAAGCACGCAUUUGAAACCUGACAGAUUUAAAUGCAAGAUUAUUUUUUUUCUUUGCCAUUACAAAGACACAAAUCAGUUUUUAAAGGAUAUGACACACUGUUGUUUUAAACAUUUUGUGUUUUUCCAUGGACAAAGGAGUCCAUUUUGCUAAAGAGUAAUUGAAAAUGCCAGAGGAAUGUCACGGCCAUUCCCGGGAUUUGAAGAGGUGGAACUAGGGAGGAAAAGCUACAAAAGAGCUUCAGAAUGACGUCAAGAUCUGGAAUGUAUCGAUCUUUUUCUUCUAUGAAAUCAUUCCUUUACUUCUUGUAAAUAUAAGUUGCACCCAUUCCAAGAUUUGACAGAUUCAAUUUUUUGUUCUCACUUUCCUGUUUUGGUUGUUGUUUUUUUUUAAUAAUUCUAUCAAAGAGCCCUUUCUCUGGCAAAGCAGGCAAAGGUUUCAGAAGUGUCAUGGCAAAGCUUUGCAGUUUCAUGCUUAUUUCUUUUCUUU